AUGGAUGAUUCAUUUGGCCCAAGCCUCUUUGGCUACUUCGACUUCACCCUGCUCUUCGAGCAUAGCAUGUUCGAGAUUGUCCCCGCUGGCAUCAUCAUCUUUUCCUCCCCAUUCUACAUCUAUACAGCUUCCCGCUCCAAGCUGAUAUGCGCUCGCCUGGGAUGGCUCCUGUGGAUGAAGCUGGCGCUGGCAGUUGCGCUCGGAGCGCUCCAAGUAGCCAGCGCCGUGCUUUGGUGGGAGCAGCCGCUCGAUUCAACCUUGGCUAGGGUUUCCUCCAUCCUCUCUUGCGUGGCUGCUACGUGCAUCUUUUUGAUGCUCUACGUCGGUCACCGAUACUUUGUUCGCUCGCCCUCCUUCUUGAGCCUCUUCUUGACCACGACGCUGCUCUGCGAUGCUGCCAUCACCCGGACAUACUUUAACCGAACUGGCCUCCACCUGCUCGGCCGAUUACAUGCACCCAUUCCGGUUCUCAAGUUUGCACUGCUCAUCCUCGAGGAGGUGUCCAAGAGGUCUCUGAUGCCGGAGCAACUACGCUCUUCUCUCGGGCGAGAAGCAUUCGCCGGCUUCUGGAACAAGUCCUUGUUUCUAUGGAUCAACUCGACUCUACUCAUCGGAUUUCGAGGUGAUCUUUCCACCCGAGACCUCGCAGCUCUCGAUCCACAGUUUGAGCCGGAAAAGCUGUACAACGACUUCUCCCGGCGGUGGGCAAACGCCAACCACAAGUCCAUGUUUGCAUUGCUCUAUACAUGCAUUCACACUAUCCCCUGGAUGUUCAUCUCCAUUAUACUGCCCCGACUUCUUGUCAUUGCCUUCAACUACGCUCAACCAUUUUUGUUGUGGGAAAUCGUUCGCAAGGUCGGCUUGGGCAACCCGACAACCGAUGUUGUGAAUGCCCUCAUAGGCGCAACCGCCCUUGUGUACGGGGGCAGAACUGUGUGCUCUUCUUGGUAUCGUUACAUCAAGAACAAAAUAACCCUUGGAAUUCGUGCCAUGUUGAUCAGCGCCGUAUACAACAAGUCGAUGAGACUCAGCGCCGAUGAGGCCAGCAAGUCGGCCGCUCUUACGCUGAUGAGUACCGACGUCAACGCCGUCGAAAUGCUGGUUUCACUCUCAUACGAGUUUUGGGCUCGUAUACUGGAAGUGGCUGCCGGCAUUGCUGUUCUUGGCCGCCUGAUCGGCCCGUCUUGCGUCUUCACUUUGAUACCUGCGAUCCUCGUCUCCCUGGUCUCAACUCGCCUCUCCAAAGUCAUGCAUACAACUCGCAAAGUGUGGAACCAGCAAAUUCAGGAUCGUGUUGCUCAUACGUCCAAUGCGUUGGCACAACUCAAGGAUAUCAAGAUGCUCGGUCUGGGGCCGAUCAUGGCAGAGCGCCUGCAGGAAAAGCAGCGCGCAGAGAUUUCGGUGUCUAUGGCUGACAGAGCUACCUGGUCAAUCACCAUGGCCAUGGCCGCCUUUGUUGAAACUGUGACCCCGACCGUGGUUAUUGCAGCCACCAUCUUUUGGACACGGCGGACAGAGCAGCUGUCAGCAGCCGAGUUCUUCGGUAUCCUUGCGCUUGUCGUCAUGGUGACAGCCCCAGUAUCAGCGCUCCUGGGAAACCUUGGAUAUUGGUCGGCCGGCUUUGCUUCACUCGCGCGGAUCCAAUCCUAUCUCCUGCAGGAUGAAAUGAAAGACUACCGCGAGCUCAUAGAUGAGCCCGGUCUGUCGUCGCGCACCAGUACAGCCACGGCAUCUUCUACUGGAGCUGCCGUUCAAGGAGGGAGGCGGAGCCGGAGCCGGCGCCGGAGUCGUCGCAUACAGUUUGCCGCCCAGAUGUUCAACGUCGCAGUCACAUACGACACAUCCUCUCCAGUUCUCGUGGAUGUUUCGUUGAACUUUCCCGCUCACAGGAAGACGAUGAUCUAUGGCACUGUUGGGUGUGGCAAAACCACUCUGUUGAAGACACUUAUUGGUGAGGCACCGGUCCGAGAGGGCGUGGUGUCCGUUCUCACAAAGUCGAUUGCUUAUUGCAGCCAGACACCCUUUAUCCGAAACGCUUCUAUCAAAGCCAACAUUGUCGGGCCAAAUCCGCACAACGAAGCCUGGCUGGACAGGGUUCUAUGGAUCUGUGCUUUGAACGUGGACCUGGCAGCGUUUCCCAACGGAGUCGACACCAUCGUCGGCAGCGACGGGUGCAACCUGAGCGGCGGCCAGAAGCAGCGUAUCUCCCUCGCCCGCGCGCUGUACGCCAAGGCUGAGAUCCUCCUCUUGGACGAUGUCUUUAGCUCGCUGGAUGUAGAUACCUCGUCGACGGUGCGGGUACGUCUCUUUGGAGGAACGGGCAUCCUGCGAUCGAGCGGGACGACGCUGAUCAUGACGACCAGCAUGACUCCGCACCUAGUCGAUGCCGAUCAUGUCAUUGGUAUCUCACGGGGCGGCCGAGCGAUGUGGCUCUCGCAUUCCGACCAAGAAGUCAAUUCUCGGUCCUUCCCAGCGAGCGUCCUCCCGGAGCCGGAGGAAGCCGAUCCGGUGGUUGUUGUCGAGCAGUCGACGAGUGAAAAGGCGGAACUGCCGGCCGUCGAAACGUCGUCGGAAAAGACGAAAGAAGCUCCGAGAUAUCAUCCGACAUCAAAAUACGGCGACUUCUCGCUGUACUCGUACUUCUUGGCGCCUGCAGGCGGCUGGAUACUGGUGCUGUGGGUUGUCAUAGUGUCCGUUGCCGCGGUUGCCGAGAGGAUGCCCCAGAUCUACGCUCGGAUAUGGUUGGAAAAGAACCCCGAUAGCCGAUUGUAUUACCUCGGAUAUGCUAUCCUGGGCGUGAUAGCUCCAUUGUGCAAUGUAGUAGCUGGUAGCUUCUACUUCUACCUCGUCAACUCACGAACGACCGAGGCUUUGCACUGGAAGAUUGCAGACACUACCUUUAGAGCGACGCUUGAUUUUCUCACAGAGGAAGACACUGGUUCACUACUCAACCGGUUCAGCCAAGACAUCACGAUAGCUUCGCAACGACUUCCGCUAGCUCUCAUGCCUGCCAGUUGGAUGGCUGUGACGGUCCUGGUCGACAUUGGCAUUAUAGCAUCCGGCGCCAAGUACGCUGCCCCAAUUAUACCAGUCUUUCUAUUGCUACUGGCCGUGAUUCAGCAUUACUAUCUUCAAACCUCUCGGCAGCUUCGAUAUAUGGAACUCGACAUGUCCAAGCUCCUAUACACGCAUUUCUCGGAGACAAGCACCGGCAUCACGAGCAUUCGCUCUUUUCAGUGGGAGCACGAUGCGAAGAUGCAGCUGUACGAAACCCUGAACGCGGCACAGAAGCCAUUCUACUACAUGUUGUCUAUUCAGCAGUGGCUGCAAGUUGUCCUGAACAUGUCGAGCAUGGCCGCCGCGGUGGUGCUCGUUAGCCUGGCACUGCACUACACGGGCACGUCCACUGCGUCGUCGAUGGGCCUUGCGCUGCUCAGUCUCAUCACGUUUAGCGAAACGAUGGGCAUCCUUAUCGGUACCUGGGUCGAUACGGAAACGGGACUGGGCGCCAUUGCGCGUACUCGGGCGUUUGCGCAGACGACGCCGGUGGAGAGGGACAAGACAGGCAUGCACCCGCUGUCUGAGAAAUGGCCGGCGGCUGGUAAGGUCGACUUUAGUUGUGUGAGCGCGCGUUAUCAACCAGAGAGCGAGACGCCAAGGACUGCUCUCAGCAAUGUCACCUUCCGCAUCAACGCGGGUGACAAGGUGGGUAUAGUCGGACGCACUGGAAGCGGUAAAUCAUCCCUGCUAUCUUGUUUGCUCGCCCUUGUGGAAUACUCAGGGAGCAUCAGCAUCGACGACAGAGAAGUCCGAGGCGUGCCUCGCGACGUGCUGCGAAAACGCAUCACCACAAUUACCCAGUCAGGGCUUCAAUUAAGAGGCUCGGUACGGUUCAACCUCAACCCCUUCAGCUUCGAGUGCGUCGACGAUGAUGCGCUCCUCAGCGCUCUGGACCGCGCCGGCCUACUGUGGCUCGUCGACGCGCGCGGCGGCAUUGACGCGGACAUGGUCGACAUGAAGCUGUCGCAAGGUGAGAAGCAGCUGUUUCAGAUUGCGCGCGCGAUCCUACACAAGCAGUGCACCGACACCAAGCUUGUCCUGGUUGACGAGGGCUCGGCGAGCAUGGACGAGGACACGGAGAGACGCGUUCAGGGCAUCCUUGACCAAGAAUUCUCCGACUGCACCAUGCUGAUUGUGUCGCACCGGUCGACAGCUUUGGAGAGCAUCAACGUGCUCUUGCGUCUUGACGCCGGGCAGUUGAGCAUGUUUAGGGUGAACCGGGAAACUGGACAGCUGAUUGCAGUGCGUCCCUGGGACAGUUGA